UCUCUCCUUUUAAUUUCAAGUAGCUGUAAUAAUAAAAAAAAGCAUUGAUGAUCACAUCUCAAAGUCUCAUGAUCUCUCAUAAAUAUUCGAACUCCUCGUAAUCUACACGGAAGAGGUUCGUCAUCUGAAUCUCUAACCAAUAAUGGAGCUCGUACAGCCGCAUCUCGACACCCUUAAAGCAAUCCAUGUCGAAGACCACGACCAAAGAGGAAAAGAGCUCAUCACCACCGACAACAACGUAGAGCCUCGUCGGAGCUGCUCCUGUGCAGAAGAGGAAGAUGAGGAGCGGAGAUCCAAUGCGUCAUUGUGUUCAGUGGAAGUAGAUCUCGAGCUCGGGAUGAAAGCUGUACACUUGUCAGAGAAAGAUUGCAGGAUUUGUCACAUGACCUUGGACGCAACGAAUCUUGAAUCUGGUGUUCCGAUCGAGCUAGGCUGCUCUUGCAAAGAUGAUCUCGCUGCUGCUCACAAGCACUGUGCUGAGACUUGGUUCAAGAUCAAAGGAAACAAAAUCUGUGAAGUAUGCGGGUCUAUUGCGGGCAACGUUGAGGCCGAGAUUGAGGAAAGUCGGAAUGAAGUAAAUGGUACGGUGAAUCAAUCUCUGAGAACGGUUGGUCCUCCGUUGGUGGAAGCUAGAAGCUUCUGGCAAGGUCACCGUUUCUUGAAUUUCCUUUUAGCUUGUAUGGUCUUUGCCUUUGUGAUCUCAUGGCUCUUCCACUUCAAUGUUCCCUCCACAUAAGGAGGAUUAAGAGACUCAUUUGGCAAAAAAAAAAAAAAUCAAGAAAAGGGUUAAAAGCCUUUUUCCACUCUUUAAGUUUAAUUAAGUUUAGAGAGGAAGAGCAUGUAAUGAGAAUACUUUAUUUAUAUCUUGGAUAAUGUAUAUAGCUCGAGUCA